UGCCUCCCUCCCUCCCUCCCUGACUGACCUGGGCGCCGUCGCUCCGGCCGGAUUAAUCACCCCACGCCGAGGGUGGCCGCGGCUUACAGGAAGCAGCCAAGCAAGCCCGCAGGCGGAGGAGGUGGCGGCGGCGGUGCCGGAGGGGGGCCAGGAGGGUUCCCCGCCUCCUCCCGCCCGCCCGUCCGCCUCCCCACAGCGCACCGCAAGCGCCCCGGGCGCUGGAGGAGCCCGGCCAGAUUAGUUUAUUGGCUGCCAAGAGCCACAAAUACCUCAGGCCCUGAUGGGGGACUCCGGAUCCAGGAGAUCGACUCUAGUAUCUCGGUUGCCAAUAUUCAGGAGAAGUAUCAGCCGUAGGCACGACUCCCUUCCUUCCUCACCUUCCUCUGUUGGUGUCCACACAUCCUCCCCUUCCAGCACUAACUCCAGCACAGGGAGCACAGGAAAGCGCCGGAGUAUAUUCCGUACUCCUUCCAUUAGCUUCCAUAACAGGAAGGGGAGUGAGCAGAAGGCUGACUCUGCUAGCGAAAAUGUUAACAUCUCAAAUGGUGCCCAGACUUCUCUCAGCAGCUUUCAAAAACUAAGCCUAGAGGAACACGUUAAAAGCCGAGGGAGGCAUUCAGUUGGCUUUGGCAGCUCACGUAGCAAGAAGAUAACAAGGUCUUUAACAGAGGAUUUUGAAAAGGGAAAGGAACCCUCAACUAAUAAGAACGUCUUUAUAAAUUGUAUAAGUUCUGGGAAAAAUGAGGGCGAUGAUUCUGGCUUUGCAGAGGAGCAGAGUCGGUACUCCGUCAAACAAUCCACACGAAAACUUCUCACUAAAUCUUUUUCAUCGCACUACAAAUUUUCCAAACCAGUUCCACAGAGUCAGUCAGUUUCAUGUGUGCAACAGUCUGGAUGCUUGUUGGAGAUUAAAUCGUACGCUGAAAGCGAACCUCUAAUGGUGAAGUCCUCUCCACCGUGUUCUGCUGAGACGACCGAAUGUGCGGGAAGUUCACUGCAGUCCCCACUGCUUUCUGCUGACCUCACAGCAGCCCAGACCCCCUCAGAGUUUGUAGCCCUGACGGAGGAUUCUGUUUCGGAGGUUGAUGCUCUGCCUAUCAGUGGAAAUGGAGUGCUGCUCACAGAGGAUUUUGACCACAAUGUCUCUACCUCUCGGAUCUUUUCUAAUCCUGCUGCUGCUCAUGUGAGGGAAAUGGAUCACAUGGAAAGUACUUGCCAAUCUGCUGGUGUAUCUCCUGUGAGUCAUGCAAGCUUAUGUAGCACUGAAUCUAAUACCUUAUUCAAAACCUCUGCUGCUAAUCAAACACAAGUAUCGUUGCAAACCAAUGAACUACCUAUUAAAGAUUCCAGGCACGUAGGAGAAAUUAACUCAGCAAAUGCAAGUUUAGAGACAUUUGUGUUGAAUCACAGAGAUGAACCGGAGAUGUGCUCUCCGAAAGCACGGGGGUUAAGUGGGGACCAAGAUGAAAGAACGCUAUCUAAGCACAUAAGAAAAACAACUCCUGUAACGGAGUUUACAUCAUAUUCUGAACCUCAGCCAUUUAAAACACAACAGGAAUGUGAAACAAACCAUUCUAAAGUUGAUCUUGCCAAUAGCUUCAGUCCAUACCGAGAAGGGAGAUUUAUUGAGAAACGACUGAGAUCCUCUUCAGAAGGUACUGCUGGAAGCAGUCGGCUGAUCAUAAAACCGAAGGAUGGAAACAUAGAAGAACUUAACAGUCUACGAAAGCAGAGAGCAAGUUCAUCUUCCUCAAAAAUGAACAGCAUGGAUGUCUUGAAUAACUUGGGUUCUUGUGAGCUGGAUGAAGAUGACCUAAUGCUUGACUUGGAGUUCCUAGAAGAGCAACAUCAUCAUCGUUCUGUUUGCCGGGAAGACUCAUACCAGUCGAUAGUCUCAUGUGCUGCUGUAGUACUUACCCCAGUAGAACCAACAGUGGAUACAAGGAAAAAAGAACAGACAAAAAUGCCUGAUGUGUCUAAACAGAACCUAUCCCUGAAGCUAUCAAAGGAGGUGGACCAAGCAGAUGCCAGGUACCCUCGUGUCAGCCAGCUGGCUGGCAGCCCAUCGGUGGAGUGGCCUUUUACUGGUCUGGAAGAAGGGGGAGGCAUUGAAUCUUUACCCUUCAGACUGAUGCUGCAGGACUGCACAGCUGUGAAGACACUGCUGCUGAAAAUGAAGAGGGUUCUUCAGGAGAGUACAGACAUGAGUCCAGCUAGCAGUACCACCUCACUUCCGGUCAGCCCUCUUCCUGAGGAGCCGGUGCUUUUCAAGGAUAUAAUACGAGAUGAAUGCUCAGUGCUGAAGCUGCAGCUGAAGGAGAGGGAUGAACUCAUAGCCCAACUUCGUGAGGAGCUGGAAAAAGCCCGGUGUUUGCAGAAGGUUCUUGCUUCCCAUGCAGAUAAAUCCACUCAGACAGAGCUCAUAGGCCAUGAUGCUCUGCGGAAUUCACCAUGUUCUGGAGGCUUAACUUACAAACCUAUCAGCAUCUCAUUGGUUCCAUCAUUAUUAAAUUAA